UCAGUUCAGAACAAACAUGGCGUCUGUCAGCAGAGAAACGAGGCGACUCUUCUUCGUACGACUCCUCAUCGCUUCUAUCCCAGCAUGCACUGGGCUUCCUGGAGGAGACCUGUUUAUGAGCAGACCUGAGGCCAGCAGCGUCCUGCAUCGCACCCGUCGGGCCAACUUCCUGUUUGAGGAACUGAGGACAGGCGACCUGGAACGGGAGUGUCUGGAGGAGAAAUGUUCUUACGAGGAGGCGAAGGAGAUCUUCGCCAUGCCUCAGCAGCUGGAGGCGUUCUGGAAGAUCUACACAGCACCGGAUCACUGCCAGUCGUCUCCCUGUAAGAACGGAGCCACCUGUACUCGCCUCAUCGACACCUACGUCUGCAAAUGUGCACCUGGUUUCCAUGGAUACAACUGUGACAAAGCCCGUUCCACCAACCAUGGCUGUCGCUACAGAAAUGGAGGAUGUGAACAUUUCUGCAGACAGUUUCCAAAUCGUUCUCACGUGUGUUUCUGCGCUCGAGGAUAUCGUCUGGAUCUGGACGCCAGCAGCUGCAUGCCUCAAAGUCCAGACGAGGUGGUCUGUGGACGACCUUUGAUGUUUUUCACCCCCCGAGUCAUUAACGGGAAGACGUGUCCCAAAGGACACUGUCCAUGGCAGGCUCUUCUGACUGAACGUAACGUUUUCACAUGCGGCGCCAUCGUCCUGUCAGAUCGAUGGGUUUUAACUGCCGCCCACUGCGUUUGGGGAAAAGCUGCCACCGACUUCAACGUCACCGUCGGCGAACACGACCUGAACGAGGAGGAGAAGUCCGAGCAGAAGCGUCGUGUGGUUAAAGUGCUGAUUCACCAAGGUUACAAUAAGUCGAGCUCUGACAGCGACCUGGCCAUGUUGAAGCUUCACCGUCCCGUCAAACUGGGACGCUACGUGGUUCCCAUCUGCCUCCCUGCCCGCAACAGCACCUUCACCCGAACAAUGGCGACCAUCCGCCACUCUACCGUGUCCGGCUGGGGCCGCCUGUCGCGGUUCGGUCCGGCCGCCGGAGUCCUUCAGCGGCUGGAGCUGCCGAGGGUUCCUCUGCAGGAGUGCCGCCUCCACACCAAGCUCAACAUCACCAGGAACAUGCUCUGCGCCGGGCUCAAGUCUGGCGGCCAGGAUGCCUGUGAAGGCGACAGUGGCGGCCCGCUGGUGACGCGCUACAAGAAGACCUGGUUCCUGACAGGCGUUGUGAGCUGGGGGAAGGGCUGCGCCAACGAGAACAUGUACGGAGUCUACACCAGAGUCAGCAACUUCCUGGACUGGAUCGAAGACAUCCUGUCCACCAUCUGAGACCAAGUCCAAACCGAGACGGCGGACUCAGAGAUCAUCAUAUAAAGUCAUCGUACAAGAACAAACAUCAACAAGAGUGUUUUUAAUGUGUACAAAUAAAUUUAUUUUUUGUCUGCACAGAUUCACAGUGAGAGUUACGACAGAUUAUUUUAAUAAUGUUGAUGCUUCGUUUGUCGCUUUGCUCUUGUAAAACAAAUAAAGACAAAGUCAAAUUUUA